GGGAUUGAUACUUAUUACUUAUGUUGAUUUAAAUUGUGCUGAGUAUCCGCGUGUGACUCUUCUUUAGGGAUGGACGCAGCUUCGAUCCCAGGAGCAUCACACAGAAGUCAUGAAUAUGUGGAUCAAGAACGCAGAGUAUCAUCCGGUCGGUUUCGUCAACUAAAUGUCCGAAUAGAUGGCAAUAUCUCCGACGAGGCCUUUAGUAUGCAGGGACUCUCAUGGGUAGCUAUGAACAAGACGUCAAGAGAUCGGUACUUGCGAAUCAGUAACUUGUUGACACCAGCGAUUAGUGAAUCACAGAACAAACUGGCAAUUCUAGUUAGUGCCAUGGAACUUCUUGUCGAAGUUCUGGACGGAUCCCUACUUUGCGCUAUUGAAAACCUUAACCUUAAAGCAGUCGGAAUAUCAUGGACAUUGAGAGUAGUUCUAAUGGCUGGGAUAAUUUCAUACUUUUGUUGGUUUCAAUGCUUUGGAGUCCAUGGAUACGAUACUUCUAUGUAUGGCAGCGUAUGGGGUGUGAUCAGGCGUCGUGAUAUUGUCUAAAAAGGUACUUAAGUAUUCUUCCCAGGAAAUUGCUCCUUUAAGACACCAGCUUUCUAACAUCA